CCAGUUGACUCGAGCUCCAGAGACGCAGCCGUCCAGUCACACCCAUACAGCAUUUAUCCUUUUCAUUUGUUUCCUGUUUUACGUGUCUCGUUUCUUUAGUUUGUGUGAGUCUAGUGUAGGGAACAGCGGACACGCGGUGAAGAUAUUGAAGCUUGACUUUGGAUAAUAACCGAUCUUGAAGUGUCAAAGUGCGCAUCGGAUAACCGAAAAUAACGGCAAACGCACGCGCGAACAGGUCGGCAACAAAGCUUUUCUUUCGCGUUAUGAGGACAGCUGGAGAUACAGACAGUGGGAAACAGAAGAGCAGAAACCAGUGUCUCCCACAGGGCAAGAUGCUGGGAGGGUCAGGACGGGUCAGGACGGAGCGGUUCUGCCCUGUCUGGUGGUCCGUGCUGGUGUAUCUCUUUCUCCGUCUGCCUGAGGCGAACUGCAUGAAGGAGAGCGUGCCGAGAGUUAAUCUUAGUUACAAAGAGCUGAUCCAUUCUCGAAGCGUGGUGCCGUUUAUGGGUUCCAGCGAGGGACAGCAGUUUCAGACAAUCCUAUUGGAUGAGGAGAAAGGCAGAUUACUGCUAGGUGUUAAAGACCACAUCUACCUGCUGGAUCCAGACAACAUCAAUAAACACCCCAAAAAGAUGAGCUGGCCAGCUCCGCGAGACAGGGUUGAUAUGUGUACCCUGGCAGGCAAAAACCCUCUCACCGAAUGUGCUAAUUUCGUACGAGUUUUGCACAGCUACAACCGGACCCAUGUCUACGCCUGUGGCACCGGAGCUUUUCACCCUACCUGUGUUUUCUUAGAGGUCAAAGGUUACAAAGAGGACAGCUGGCUUCAUCUCCACAGCACCAGUGUUGAAUCCGGUCGACUGAAAUGUCCUUUUGAUCCACAACAGCCUUUUGCUUCGGUACUGACAGAUCAGUAUCUGUACGCUGGCACCGCGUCGGAUUUCCUGGGGAAGGACAGCACGUUUAGUCGCUCUCUAGGCCCGUCCCCUGACCAGCAGUACAUCCGCACGGACAUCUCUGAAGACUACUGGAUCUAUGAGGGCAAGUUUAUUGCUGCCCAUCCCAUCGCAGAUACCUACAACCCUGACGAUGACAAGAUUUACUUCUUCUUCCGAGAGGCGUCCCGUGAUGGAAGCACAAAGGACAAAAGCGUUCUGUCUCGUGUCGCCCGCGUCUGCCGGAAUGAUGUUGGGGGCUUGAGAAGUCUCACCAAUAAAUGGACCACGUUCCUCAAAGCAAGACUUGUGUGUUCCAUUCCCGGACCAGAUGGCGUUGAUACACACUUCGAUGAGCUCCAGGAUGUCUUUCUGCUCCCUAGCAGGGAUGAGAGAAGUCCAAUGGUGUAUGCGGUAUUCACCACCACAAGUGCUAUCUUUAAAGGAUCAGCCGUGUGUGUGUAUGACAUGCAAGACAUCCGUGCUGUGUUUAAUGGACCAUAUGCUCAUAAAGAGGGACCGGAGCAUCGCUGGGUGGAGAAUGAAGGCCGAAUCCCAUAUCCACGACCAGGCACAUGCCCAAGUCGGACGUAUGAUCCUCAUAUAAAAACCACUAAAGACUUUCCAGAUGAAGUCAUCAGUUUCAUACGAGUGCAUCCGCUAAUGUACCGCUCCGUCUACCCAAUGACGGGCCGACCCAUCUUCACACGUAUCAACACAGAGUACAGGCUCACGCAGAUCGUUGUGGACCGUGUGUCUGCUGAGGACGGACAGUAUGCUGUUAUGUUUUUGGGCACUGAUACAGGAUCAGUUUUGAAGGUUGUUAGCAUCACUCAGGAAAACUGGUCCACUGAGGAGAUCAUCUUAGAAGAGCUUCGGGUGUUCAAGAACCCCACACCUAUCCUCAACAUGGAAAUAUCCUCAAAACAGCAGCAGCUGUUUGUUGGAGGAAGCGACGGGUUGGUGCAGGUGGCCCUGCACAGGUGUCAUAUUUAUGGACAGGGCUGCGCCGAAUGCUGUCUGGCUAGAGACCCGUACUGCGCCUGGGACGGCACCCAGUGCUCCAGAUACAUUCCAGCCUCCAAAAGGAGGGCCAGAAGACAAGACAUCAAACAUGGAGACCCAUCCAGCCAUUGUUGGGACACUGAAGAUGUGUUGGGGAGGAACGUGGAGGAGAAGGUGAUGUACGGAGUGGAGAGUAACUCCUCUUUUCUUGAGUGCGUUUCUAAAUCCCAGCAGGCCCAAAUCCGCUGGUUCGUACUGAAGCCGGGAGCGGACCACCGCCAAGAGAUCAAACCAGAUGAACGCGUGAUCGUAACAGAGCGGGGCUUGCUGAUUCGUUGGCUCCAGCGCGGGGAUGCAGGUUCUUACUUCUGCACCUCCCAGGAACACAGCUUCACCCGCACACUUCUCCAGGUCUCCCUUCACGUCCUGGAACGCGGGCAAAUUCACGGACACACGGGUUCGCAGGGAUCGUCAGAAAACCCGGCCGAACAACGGCAGCUUUAUAAGGAUUACCUGCGUGUGUUGAGCGGCUCCGCGCGCUCUAUAGAUGAGUACUGUGAAACGCUCUGGCACAGAGAGAAGAAGCAGAAGCAGAAGGGCAAAUGGAAACACACCCAGGAGUUUCGCAAAAGCAGGAAUAGGCGUCACCACUAGGGGGUGCCAGUCAUAACAGUGCCUGCCUAAGGGAGUGGGCAGUGUUGGAUUCGGUUGUGAGGUUAGAUGGGUCACAAUGUCCACUAAGUAGUGUGGAUGAGCUGCCCUUGAAUUCAGUACCAAAUAGAAAGAGUAAACAUUUCUUUGCUCGAAUGGGCUGUUUAUAAAACAAGAAUUUGUGUCAUUUGGUAUCAGUUAAAUGACCCAAAUCUACAAUUUGCAAAAUAAGCCAGAUGUGACCAGAAGUCAAGUCAACUUGACUGCUUUUUGAAAUAUGUCCCAAUCUAGAGGUUUAUUAAAGCCUCAUUGGACUAGAAGACCAUGGCAUACUAAACUUCUAGCCUCCUUGACUUUUAUAACCUAUAAUCGUAUACACACAGGGGUCGUCGAGUCUUUAUUCUCACUGGUAACAUCUGGAUUAUAGUCUUUCAAAGCACCAGUUCGUUGCAUCUUAAUUUUAAUCAAGAACUAAUGCAUUCAUGUUGAAUGUAUGUAAAUAUUUAUAUAUUUUUGUACAUGAAAUUGUGCAUGCUUACCAUAAUAUACAGUGUUUUUUUGUCUUCUGAGUCUACAAUUAUAACCAAGCAUUGACGUUACAUGUAAAGGACAUUAUUUUUGUAUGUUUGCAAUGUGUCUUACUGUAGGUUGUUUGUUAAUGAGGCUAUUUAAAAUAACAAUGUUUUUAAAAUAAAAUCUUUUGUAUUUCUACGUAGCUGUGCAGUAAGGAAUGUACAAAAUAUUAACUUUAG